AUGGUCUCUAAAACUAUUUCCAAUGUGCUAAAAGGCAUUCUGGUUCUUGUAGUUGUUGCCUCAUUGAUAGGUAACUGUGUCUUGAUAUGGCUCAACACCCGACGGACUCCGAAGUGCCCUGCCCGACAGGUAAACCUAGGACAACCUGUGGUGCACGAUGAGCGUAGCGCUGUCUUCGCUGACCUCUCAGUGGAAGAGUUUCAUCAGGUGAGUGACUACAUGACCAAGAUCCCAGGGAUGAGCAUCUCAACUGACCCAUUGUCGCCUCCUUCAGUUGACUACCUCUACAUGAUCGAUCUCUCCCUGCCUAAAAAGCUGGAUGUUUUAAACCAUCUGGAUAGUAACGGCCCAACACCGGCAAGAGAGGCAACCGCUGUGGUUUUUCAUGGCAUGAACAACAACAUAAGUGAAUAUUUGGUGGGCCCGCUCCCCAACCCAACCUACCACUACGAUGUUACCUUGGAAAGAUAUGGAAGGGAGAUCCCUUUGACUGCACGCCCGGUAAAUGCUGGGGAACACAUUCUGAUAAUAAAGUUUCUGCAACAUGUACUUAAACCAAUCAGUACUCUACUGUUAGACAGUUUUGGUAUAGACGCAUCUGCAAACUCUGCUUACUACCCAAACAUGCCCAGUGGAGUCAAGUCCGGUGACAGACAGACCUGGUAUUCCCUUUGUCGAAAUGAAGAGGGCUUCUUCAUCCACCCUGUAGGUUUUGAGAUAUUGUGCAACCACCAAAGCACUGAUAACAUGUCCUGGCUUGUGAUUAAGGUGCUGUAUAAUGGUCAGUACUUCGACAGCAUAUUGGAUCUGAAGAAGCAAUACGAGGCAGGAACUGUUCCGAAAAUCAUCUACAAAGCUGUGCCGAAUUACGCCUCGCUCAAACCCAGGAACAAACCCACGGGCGUUGGGCCCCAGCAGUUUUACGCCCAAGGAGAGCGAUUCAGUAUUAAGAAUAACCACAUCGUAUACCUUGACUGGAGCUUUGCCUUUGGUCUGAGCCCUCUACGAGGCAUGAGAGUUUUUGAUAUCCGUUUUAGAGGAGAGAGGAUCAUCUAUGAGCUAAGCGUUCAGGAGGCCAUGUCAGUUUAUGGGUCUGUCACCCCAAAUCUCAUGCUCACGAAGUACCUCGACGGCAGCUUGGGCAUUGGUCGGUGUGCCUAUGAGUUGGUCAGGGGGGUCGACUGCCCUUAUUCAGCCACCUUCAUAGACACAUUCCACUUGUUGGACACUGGUGUACCACGAAGACUCAGAAAUUCAAUCUGCGUCUUUGAGCAUGACAUGGGCCGUCCUCUGCGGAGGCACUUCUCUGAGAUUGUCUUCAACAGUUACGGAGGGCUGGCAAACAGCGCGUUAGUGUUUAGGACCAUCACAGCUAUCGGAAACUAUGACUACAUGUGGGACUUCAUCUUCUACCAGAGCGGGUCAGUGGAGGCCAAGGUCCACGCCACCGGCUACAUCGCCUCUUCAUUCGCGUUGAAGGACAACUUUCCGUUUGGUCACCAAGUGGCCGAAAAUGUCACAGGAAAUAUCCACACCCAUUUUAUCAACUUCAAAGUGGACAUUGAUGUUUUAGGAGUGGAGAAUGUAUUCCAGACCAAGGACAUGGAGUUUGUGAAUGUCUCAAUGCCCUGGAUGCCUGAACGCUAUACCAUGAUCCCUAAGGUGGUGGAGAAGCAGCUUCAAACAGAGCAGGAGGCAGCUCUGCGUCAGGACACCAAGACUCCGCGCUACCUCCACAUCUCCAGCAACAAGACCAACCGCUGGGGCCACCAGCGCUCCUACAGGCUGCAGGUGUUCAGUUACACAGGGGACCAUCUCCCCGAGAGCCAGGCCGAGGAGAGGGCCAUGUCCUGGGCCAGGUAUAAGGUGGCCAUCACAAAGCAGAAGGACUCUGAGCAGAGCUGCGGCAGUCUGUACAACCAGCAUGACAUCUGGAAUCCAGCUGUGGACUUCAGCAAGUACAUUGAAGACAACGAAAGCAUCGAAAACCAGGACCUGGUUGCCUGGGUGACCACCGGCUUCCUUCACAUCCCUCACGCCGAGGACAUCCCCAACACGGUAACCGUAGGAAACGGGGGCGGGGUCCUGCUGCGGCCCCACAACUACUUUGACGAGGACCCGUCCAUCCACUCCGUUGAUUCGGUGUACCUGGCCCCGGGCAGCGAGGACAGCUGUGACAGCAACAAGAUGGCCUGCCUUGCUCAAGAGACCUGCAGCCCCGUCCUGGAACCCUUCACCUACCACGGCUUUAAAGUAGAGGCGGGAGGGAAGAAUUAACAUGUGAUUCUUCCUUUGUUUUGGUGCUGUCUCUUUGAUCAUCAUUUUGUUUUUGGAAAAUUACGUCAUAAUAAUGUUGAUUAAUACAUUUGUAAUUAUAUUUCAACAUACACUUAAGUAAGUAUGAUGAUGGUGUAUAUAUUUGUGUGGCUCUAUGGAUUGCAAUGACAGGUUGUAAAUAGAGUGGUGCAGUGAGGACGUAUUUCAGGCCGACCCAGAAGCGAGCAUAGCAAGGGCUCCCUCGAUUAAAAGCAAUGGGGACUUUCCAAUGGAUUUUGGAUUAUUGCUCUGUGGCAAUCAUACAUUUAUGAUACUUACACGUUUUGUUCAGCAGGAUAAUCUCAACACAUUAACACACAUUUUAUAAUAGUUGAAGCAUAAAUGUUAGAAGUAGAAGGCUAACAUUAGGCUAUAAAUUAAAUAUUUGUUUACGGUUGCAUGACUUCAGGUCACAACCGCUAAGCUAAAGGCGGCUAAUGUUCGUCACGAUGACGUUUAGUUGUCUCAUUUAGACAUUUGUUAGCUUUCGCUGUUUUCGAGUAAAACCCUCUACAUCAAAUCUAACUUUAACCUAUGUUAUAAAUAGUCAAUUACUUGAUGUAAGUAACUUCUUGGAGAAAUGUUCUGGGCCAAUCCUUGUAUUGAUAACACUUUUUUUUUGUAUUUCCUUUCUUGUAAAGGAGUGGAAUUGAGUGUCCAGAAGUCUCUGCUUCUCUAAAAAUAAGUAAAUUAUUGACAGUUUGUGAAAUACAACCAGGAGCUGCUUCCCUGUGAGGCCACUGAUGAAUUCCGUUUUUUAUUGGUUCAUUUUACACCCAUUUACAGACGAUAUUUUACGAAUGAUAUGAGCACAGGAAAUUAUUAUUGAAUUGAUGUACGUUGCAGAUUCCAAUACGAUACAAAAUACAAAAUAUAAUUUCUUACUUAAAGUGGACCUAUCAUGCUAUAUUUGAAUAAUAUAUUGUAGGGCCAUAAGGUAUAUUUAUACGUUUUCUUUUUCAAAAUACCAAACAGAUCAUGCAUUUUAGCCAUGCCUCAUUUCGCUCUAUUUUGCUGUCCUCCACCCUGUCUUUGCAUGCGCCGCAGCUGAGCGAGAGCGCGUUUGUUUUGGAUUAGGUAAGCCAGCUAACUCAAACAUAUCCAGGGUAUGUUGAACUGGAUUCGUAUUACAGGCCUCUGAUCUAGGGUUAAUCUGUUGCCUUUGUUGUGCUCUCUUUGUAUCUCCCGUUGCCCAUUGUAUCCUCCUGGAAAACAGCCACCACAGGAAGUGUUAACUGGGCGCUGUUUCUGUUGAUUGUUGCAAAGUGACGGCAACCAUGCACGUACACAGGCACGAACACACACACACACACACACACACACACACACACACACACACACACACACACACA